AUGGCGCCAGAACCUGCUGACAAAUGGGUCUUUCCAGCACUACGGUCUGUACUCUUGCAGUCUAAUAAUCCAUCAAGCGUGACAUUAAAUGAUGCUGAGAAGGAAAACGCUGACAAGCAUCUUUUGUCGAUGUUUGAUACACCAAGCUUAAUAGAAUCAAAUGUACCAUGGCAAAUCGAGCAACAAUUGCGACGUACAACGUGCACUUUUGUUGAACACUUGGCGCACUUAUUAGACAUGCCUGAUGCUCCUAGUGUAGCAGCUCAAUUAUUCGUCCAAAGGUUCUAUAUGAUGCAUUCGUUUGCAACUCAUGACCGCUUUCUUGUCGCCACGGCGGCGCUGUUUCUAGCUGGAAAGACAGAGGAGUUUUUAGUCAAGGUUCGGUACGUUACAGAGUGUUCCAUGUAUCUUCUUUUGUGUCGAAAACAAGCUCAAGAGACGCUCAUGAUGAAACACAAGACUCGUGGCUAUAAAACUACGAGCCCAGUAGUCUUUCAACGCUCUCCAUCACCUGCUCCAUUACCAAUGAAAACAAAACAGAGGUUCCGGUUAAAAGGCAUUCCUUUGAUUGAAACGAACUCAAAUGCUGGAAAGGAGGACAAGGACACAAGAAAUACUAAACACAUUGAGUGGCUAAACGCUUUAUUGGAGGUUGUCGAGGUUGGAGAGAUUGAAGCUAAUGCCAGUAAAGUGCUGCUACUUGAACGGAUUCUACUGCUGACAUUAUCGUUUGAAAUCGGACCGCCGCAGCCCUUCGCGUACGUUGCACCACAUAUGGAGAGACUUUUUGGUCUAGACGCAAUACACCCAGACAUUGUGUACGAAAAUAUUCGCGAAAUCACGUUUCUGUUGAUCGCGGAUGCUGUCAAGAGUGGAUUAUGUCUUGCAUUUGAUUGCAUCGCACUUGCUGCUGGCGCAGUGUACCUGGCCUGCUUGUAUCACCAUCAAGUGGGGCCGAAUGUAGCGACUGAGACGAAUGAGCCGUGGUGGACUGUACUAAACCUGCCUGAAAAAGAACUUGAAGACGUUGCGCGAUGCUACCUGUGGAUAUAUGAAGACGGAAAAGGGAACAAGGCUCAAGAACUUGGGCCUGGGUUUUUGGAUUUAUGGAAUCGAUAUCGACCGAGCGAUAACAGACCCGACCUCGUGUAUAUCAAAGCACUUGAUGCAAGCUUAUCGACACCGUAA